AUGUCUCAGAACAUGACGGAUAUGGAGCUGGAUAAAGAGUGGAAGCCAAAUGGCAGGCGGCCGCAAUCAACCAUGGCUCGCUCUCUGGCCGCUGCUCUAGAUAAUGCUUUCAUGCUUGACUCCGAAGUCGACUCCCUCACCAACUCUAUCCAGCACAAGCAACAACUGGUCUCAAUGCACAGUCGCGAGCUCGAGGCGCUGGAAGCUAGGAUUCGAGAGACCGAGAACCGUUUAAGGAUGCAGAAGGGAGAAAUUCCCCUCGAACCGUCCAACUCCAACGAACAAACCAAUAAUAAUGCCAAUGCUCAGAACAAUGCCAGAAACAGUACACAAAGGAGAACACCCCCGGAUGUCUCCACUACAGAUAAGGGACGUGGUCUACCGCCCCUGUCGACUCCCAACCAGUCUGAUGAUGGCUUCACCACCAACGCUUCCACCUCUCCUGCCACAACAGACCAGGACGAGGAGACAGCAAACCAUGCUGGUAUUCAUGGUCGACGCAACGAGGAAGAUAACUCAAAGGGCAAAGAAGGAUGGUCCUGA